GAUUUAAAACCGGUUUCUAUCCAGUUUCCGACUAGAGGGCGCUACGGUUAUCGACUCUGAUGGAAAUUGGAACUUGAAACGCAGUACAGGGUUUUUGUCGUUGAAUCGCUGGAUUAAUUGUAUCCCAUUUUAUUCGUUUCCGUUCGUAGAUGCGGAAGCAUAUUUUAAAGUCUCGUGCACAUUGAAUCAGAAGAAUUUUGUAAAAUUCAUUAGUUUACUACAGACUUGAAUCAUGCCUGUUCCAUCUCUACAGAAACCUGCUCCAGCAUUUAAAGGAACAGCCGUUGUUGAUGGGCUGUUCAAAGAUAUCUCACUUGAGGACUACAAGGGAAAAUAUGUUGUCUUGUUCUUCUAUCCUUUGGAUUUCACAUUUGUAUGUCCUACCGAGAUCAUAGCCUUCUCCGAUCGUUUUGAUGAAUUCGACAAAAUCAACACGGCUGUUAUCGCAUGCUCUACUGACAGUCAGUUCUCACAUUUGGCUUGGAUCAAUACUCCUCGUAAACAAGGUGGCAUUGGAGAUAUGAAAAUUCCCGUUCUCGCUGAUAAAUCAGGUGCUAUUUCUAAGGAUUAUGGAGUGUUGGAUGAAGAGAGUGGCAUUCCAUUCAGAGGACUGUUCAUUAUUGAUGGAAAAGGAAUUUUAAGGCAAAUCACUAUCAAUGAUCUACCAGUAGGUAGAUCAGUGGACGAAACCCUCCGACUUGUUCAAGCUUUCCAGUUUACUGACGAACAUGGAGAGGUCUGUCCAGCUGGCUGGAAACCUGGUGGAAAGACAUUGAAACCAAACCCAAAAGAAUGCAUCACCUACUUUUCCUCCGCAAAUUGAUGCUACCUUAUCAAUUUCAAUAGAAUUAGGAAGUCGUCAAGAUAGAGUGGAAGUUAUUUUUAUGAAAAUGAAAAAAGUUUUUUUGAUUUUACAGUAAUUCUAUUCACUUACUUAAGAUAACUUGAUUUCUUUUUUUUGGUUCCAACUAAACCUUCCAGAUAUUGUCUUUACCUUUUAUGAUAUUUAUUUUGUGUAUUUUCCAAAGUGUUAAGCAUUUCAUUAAAUGUUUGGGAAAAUAGGAAUUCAAAUUUUGUCCUCUUAAUAUUCUUGAUAUUUCAAUAAAUUUGUGUUUGAA